AUGCAGCGGUUCCUGGGCAGCAGCAAGGCGCCCAGCACGAAGCGCUCAUCGCCGCCCGCAUCAGUGACGUCCUCGGCGACGCACCACCGGCGGGGCUCGGAGACGUCGACGACGUUCGAGCAAAAGUACGGCGUGUGCUCGCGCGAAUGUAUUGGGCGCGGGGCGACGGCGGUGGUGCGGGUUGCGUACAAGCAGCACCGGGACGGGCCGCAGACAUACGCAAUCAAGCGGUUCCGCAAGCAGCGGGCGAACGAGACGGAGCGCGAGUACAUCAAGAAGCUGACGUCCGAGUACUGCAUUUCGUCGAGUGUGCAUCACGCGAACGUGGUGAGCACGCUUGAUCUGAUCCAGGAUCCGCAGAAGAACUGGUGCCAGGUCAUGGAGCUGUGCCCGGGCGGCGACCUGUACACGGUGAUUCGCGACGGCACCAUGGGCAUGGGCGAGCACGAGUGCUGCUUCAAGCAGAUGUGUCGCGGAAUCGCUCACCUGCAUUCGGUGGGUGUCUGCCACCGCGACAUCAAGGCUGAGAACAUGCUCCUGGAUGACCACAGCACGCUGAAGAUCACCGACUUUGGCGUGGCCGACGUGUUCCGCGUGGCCUGGGAGGACAGCGUCCACAAGUCGCGCGGGCUGUGCGGCUCCGAGCCGUAUAUUGCGCCAGAGAUGUUCUCGGCCAAGUCGUAUGACGGACGCAAGGUGGAUGUGUGGUCGGCGGCCAUUGUCUUCUACACCAUGGUCUACAAUGGCAUUCCGUGGCGUGUCGCCAAGGAUGACGACCCCAACUUCAAGCGCUUCCUCGACGCUGUGCGUGCGGGCCGCGACUACGAGGGCUUCAAGAAGUUUGAUGUGCGGACGCGCCAGCUGCUGCAGAAGAUGCUGAGCCCCGACCCGGCUAUGCGGCCCACCAUGGACGAGGUGCUGAAGACCGAUGUGCUGCAGCAUAUGGCUGUCUGCAGGGACGGCCAUGUCGAGGGCGGCGGCUGCCACUACCACUACACCGAGGAGUACGAGGAGCGCAAGAACUCGCGGCGUCUGCGCGCCCAGGCCCGCAGCGCGCGCCAGCUCUAA